AUGCCAAUGGCGCCAAUGUCUUCCUCCCUGUCCCUGAGGCGUCACGCGGUGUCCGCCUUGUGUUUGUUGUGCGGGCUCCUGUGCGCCGACGCGUCCGUGCACGGAUACGCGGGCGAGCGGUUCGCGGCCGUGGGCAACGCCUUCGUCCUCAACGGCGGCAGCGAGGGCAUCUACUUCUCCCCCUCCGCGGACUCCUUCAUCCGAUUCGAGAAGGUGGCCUUCAGGCGGACGCCGGAGUCCGCGGCGGCGGCGGAGGACGACGGCAACCGCACGGCCACGGUCACCGCGGUCCUCUUCGAGGCGGCCGACCGCGACGCCAUCGGAGCCGCCGCCGCCGUCCCCGGCUCCGGUUCCGGCUCGCCGCGGCGCGAGCUCUGCUGCACGCCGGCCAUGGCGCGCCGCGGCGCGUGCACCGAGGGCUCGCUCGUCCUCGCGCACCGCGCGCCCAACAACGCGAACAGCAGCUCGCCGAAGGUGCUCUCCGCGUCCUUCCUCCCAGGCGCCCUGGAGGCCUCCUUCCCCGACGAGACCAUCCCGGUUCCCCGCACCGGCAUGUACAACCUCCGCUUCGUCCACUGCCACGCCUCGCUCGCGGCCGUGGCCGUUGGGAAGACGAUCUGGAAGAACGGGCGCGGCGGGUACCUGCCGGGCAGGAUGGCCCCGCUGGAGACCUUCUACGGCGCCAUGUCGCUGGCCUUCGCCGCCCUCGCCGCCUUCUGGUUCCUCCGCUACGCGCACCACUGGCGCGAGGUGGCCCCCGUCCAGAACCUCCUGACGCUCGCCAUCGCGCUCGGCAUGGUCGAAGUCACCGCCUGGUACCUCGACCUCGCGGAGUUCGGCGCGUCCGGCGUCCGCCCGCCGGCCACAACCUUCUGGGCCGCCACUGCCUCGGCGUCACGCCGGGCCGUCUCCCGCGUGCUCGCGCUCCUGGUCGCCAUGGGCUACGGCGCGGCCCGGCCCACGCUCCGCGGAGGCGUCGGCAUCAGGGUGGCCGCGCUCGGGGCGGCCUACUUCGCGGCGUCCGAGACGCUCGAGGUCGUCCAGCACGUCGGGGCCGUCAGCGACGACCAUGAUCACUACUCGCCGGCUUCGGGGAAGACGAUCCUAUUCCUCCUCGCGCUCCCCGUCGCCGUCCUCGACUCAACCUUCAUCUGCUUGAUAUUCGUCUCGCUGUCCCGUACCCUCCGCAGGCUGAGGGCGAGGCGGUCCAAGACGGCGAGGCUGCUGGACACGUACCGGAGGUUCGGGACCGCGGUGACGAUCGCGGCGGCGGUGUCGCUGGGGUGGGCGGCGUUCGAGGCGCACUUCAGGUGGACGGAGGGCGAGGAGCGGUGGCGCGUGGCGUGGGUGAUCCCGGCGGUGUGGCAGCUCAUCUCCUUCGCGCUGCUCUGCGCCGUCUGCCUGCUGUGGGCGCCCUCCCACGACUCCGCCUCCAGGUUCGCAGACGACGCCGGCGUCUUCCGUGGCGAUGACGACGGCGUGGAAGAGGAGGAGAAGCUGCCGCUGGUCAGGGUGGCCGGGCCGCUCUCGUACGUGGGCAGCUGGGCGUGCUACGUGACGCGGGACGACGACGCCAAGAUCAUACUCAGGACGGACUCCGGCGGCGUCUAUGCCAUGUCCGGCCAAGAGGGGAAACGAGUUUAGUCGGGGGUCUGAAAUGAAUGAAUUCGUUAAGCCGAGUCGUGUGGCGUUGUUGUUGUGCUCCCGAGUUCGAUUAGCACGGGGAAAUGACGAAUGGCAAGGUGUAGGCGUGUAGCUCAUGUAAAUUGUUUGCACGUUUCACUCGUGUCACGGUGUCAGUUAAAAUUGAACAGCAAAAGCGUACUAUGAAUCGAUGCAGAGGGGAUACUUUUGAACGCAGCUCAUAUAAGUUGUUUGUACAAA